GUGUGGACAUCGGGGUUUUCAGAAGGAUCCCCUGACAGUUUCAAGAGUGUCUUGAGGAAGAGCAUGGUUAGAUUGAACUGGCUAAAGAUUUGAGAGCUGACUUCUAUGUCUACCGAGCACCUACGUACUGUUUGGUUCAUUAUUUAACUGGAUUUCUCCCACAGAUAUUACAACUAUGUUUUUGGUUUCCACAAGAGACAUCAUGGCCCUGCUAGAUUUCGAGCUGAGCCACAGUUGCAGAAGCUCCUGGUCUCCAUCACCCUCGAGUCAGAGUGCGAGUCCUUCCCUAGUCUGUCUUCAGAUGAAACCUUCAACUCCAGGGAAUUCUGACUCGGGAGGUUUUAUCAGAGUCCACCACCGUCUAGAUUUAGUGACAAAAACACUACCUGAAGAGUGGAGGAAGAGACAGGUCUUGCCUGUCAGUGGGCUGCACAAACAAGUUCUUCAGGCGUGCCAGGCGUGAGCCACACACCGGCAUCCCGGCUAGAGCGCGACCGCCUCUGCACCGAGCCUGCCCCCAAUUUCCGGGCCAAUCCCCACUCGGAGGCGGAGCCCGGGCGGGGAGCUCGGUCAUCUGACUCGGUGACCCGGGCACGGAUGCUUUCUUCCCAGCGACCCAGACUGGAAGGUUGGUCCAAAGACUCUGCCUAGCCAGACUCGCGGAGCAGUCAUGCCGCGGUCCCCGCGUCGCGCCCCCGGGCUACUGCUGCUGCAGGCGCUGGUGGCGAUGGUGUCGCUGGCCCUAGUGGCCCCGGCCCGACUGCAACCUGCGCUAUGGCCUUUUCCGCGCUCGGUGCAGAUGUUCCCGCGGCUGUUGUACAUCUCCGCGGAGGACUUCAACAUCGACCACAGUCCCAAUUCCACAGCCGGCCCUUCCUGCUCGCUGCUACAGGAGGCGUUUCGGCGAUAUUACAACUAUGUUUUUGGUUUCCACAAGAGACAUCAUGGCCCUGCUAGAUUUCGAGCUGAGCCACAGUUGCAGAAGCUCCUGGUCUCCAUCACCCUCGAGUCAGAGUGCGAGUCCUUCCCUAGUCUGUCUUCAGAUGAAACCUAUUCUCUGCUUGUACAUGAACCAGUAGCUGUCCUCAAGGCCAACAGAGUUUGGGGAGCGUUACGAGGUUUAGAGACGUUUAGCCAGUUAGUAUACCAAGACUCUUUCGGGACUUUCACCAUCAAUGAAUCCAGUAUAGCUGAUUCUCCAAGAUUCCCUCAUAGAGGAAUUUUAAUUGAUACAUCUAGACACUUCCUGCCUGUGAAGACAAUUUUAAAAACUCUGGAUGCCAUGGCUUUUAAUAAGUUUAAUGUUCUUCACUGGCACAUAGUGGACGACCAGUCUUUCCCUUAUCAGAGUACUGCUUUUCCUGACCUAAGCAAUAAGGGAAGCUACUCUUUGUCUCAUGUCUAUACACCAACCGAUGUCCGGAUGGUGCUUGAGUACGCCCGGCUCCGAGGGAUUCGAGUCAUACCAGAAUUUGAUACCCCUGGCCAUACACAGUCUUGGGGCAAAGGACAGACAAACCUUCUAACUCCAUGUUACAAUCAAAAAGUUAAAACUCAAGUGUUUGGGCCUGUAGACCCAAGUGUAAACACAACGUAUGCAUUCUUUAACACAUUUUUCAAAGAAAUCAGCAGUGUGUUUCCAGAUCAGUUCAUCCACUUGGGAGGAGAUGAAGUGCAAUUUCAAUGUUGGGCAUCAAAUCCAAACAUCCAAAGUUUCAUGAAGAGAAAGGGCUUUGGCAGCGAUUUUAGAAGACUAGAAUCCUUUUAUAUUAAAAAGAUUUUGGAAAUUAUUUCAUCCUUAAAGAAGAACUCCAUUGUUUGGCAAGAAGUUUUUGAUGAUAAGGUGGAGCUUCAGCCGGGCACAGUCAUCGAAGUGUGGAAGAGUGAGCACUACUCAUAUGAGCUCAUGCAAGUCACAGGGUCUGGCUUCCCUGCCAUCCUUUCUGCUCCUUGGUACUUAGACCUCAUCAGCUAUGGGCAAGACUGGAAAAACUACUACAAAGUUGAGCCCCUUAAUUUUGAAGGCUCUGAGAAGCAGAAACAACUUGUUAUUGGUGGAGAGGCUUGCCUAUGGGGAGAAUUUGUGGAUGCAACUAACCUUACUCCAAGAUUAUGGCCUCGAGCAAGCGCUGUUGGUGAGAGACUCUGGAGCCCUAAAACUGUCACUGACCUAGAAAAUGCCUACAAACGGCUGGCCGUGCACCGCUGCAGAAUGGUCAGCCGUGGAAUAGCUGCACAACCUCUCUAUACUGGAUACUGUAACUAUGAGAAUAAAAUAUAGAAGUGACAGACGUCUACAACAUUUCAGCUAUGAUCAUGUUGAUUCUGAAAUCAUGUAAAUUAAGAUUUGUUAGGCUGUUUUUUUAAAUAAACCAUCUUUUUAUUGAUUGAAUCUUUCUAUCCCUGAAUCAAACACUGAAUCUUUGAUGUGAGCAGCUUAAGAAAAUAAAAGGAAAAGCUUUGCACUUGCACUC